ACUAACUUGUUAUUGUCACAGGACAUUUGAGCUGUUCACUAAUAUAAAGGCUUUUCUUUUCUUUACAGAAAAUGCAGAGCUGGUACAAUGUUCUCAGUCCUACAUACAAACAACGGAACGAGGACUUUCGCAAACUCUUUAAGAAACUUCCUGAUUCAGAGCGACUUAUAGUGGACUACUCUUGUGCUCUGCAGAAGGACAUACUGCUUCAGGGCCGUCUCUAUCUCUCAGAGAACUGGCUUUGUUUCUACAGUAACAUCUUCCGCUGGGAAACCACUAUCACUAUCCUGCUGAAAGACGUGACCUCUAUGACCAAGGAGAAGACCGCCAAGCUCAUACCAAACGCCAUCCAGAUCAGCACUGACAAUGAGAAGCACUUCUUCACGUCUUUCGGAGCGAGGGAUCGCAGCUUCAUGAUGAUAUUCCGGCUGUGGCAGAACGCGCUGUUGGAUAAGUCCCUGUCCCCCAAAGAGCUCUGGCACAUCGUGCACCAGUGUUACGGCACUGAGCUGGGCCUCACCAGUGAAGACGACGACUACGUCUCUCCCACCGCCGAACACAUGAACGGUUUACUGCCAGGAGACGAGUCUGUGUCGGUCACUGAUCUUCUAGACCUGAGCUCGGUGUCGGUUCCUUCCACGGGCAGCUCCCCCCUUCCCCUGGUGCCCUGUGCUCCGACCAUCUCUCCUUCACCUUCGAACCUAGGGGGCUCCUCUCCCCCUUCGUCCACUUCCUGUCUGCCCAUAGAGGUGCCUUCCUCAUCGGGACGCAGGCUCAGCUCCGAACCGCUUGAACCCAGUCCGCCCAGCUCCCAAAGCUCUCUGCCAUCGACCACUCCAACGAACGCCUCUGCCUCCGCUCCGGUGUCGGCUGCUGCCUCAUUUAAUCUGGAAGAGGGUGGGGACAGCCUGUCUGAGUCGGCAAAUCACAUGCUGCCCCCUCCAACCACCAGUCUGGGAAACCUCUCGUCAUUGGACAUCACCAACGAUGAGGAACUGCCCACAGACCCCAGCAACUCCUCUGACACGCAAGAAGAGAGUGAAGUGGAGUCUUUCUGCUCUGACCUGAGCGGGCGGGUGCACAUCAACACCGUAGUCCGCAUGAGCGUAGACAAGCUGCACGACCUGCUGUUCUCUGCCGACACACACUUCAUCCAGCACCUCUUCUCCCAGAGACACUUUACUGAACUUUCUGUGGGUGAAUGGCAGCAGGACAGCAGCAUUGGGACUUCCAGCCGCGUGCUAAGCUACACCAUCGCCCUCAACAACCCCCUUGGCCCCAAGACCGCCCCCGUUGUGGAGACACAGACACUCCAUAAGAGCAGCGCUCGGGGAGAGUGCUUCGUGGUGGACUCGGAGGUCAUCACCUCAGGUAUACCGUACCAGGAUUACUUCUACACUGUCCACAGAUACUGCCUCACCUCCAUCAACAAGCACAAGAGCCGGCUCAGAGUUUCCUCAGACAUCUGCUACAGGAAGCAGCCAUGGAGCCUGGUGAAAACACUGAUUGAAAAGAACACCUGGAGCGGCAUUGAGGAGUACUACAGACACAUGGAGAAUGAGGUGUGCAAGCUGGAGACGCUACUGCAGUCUGAGGACGUGGUAACCACAGGGGAAGCAGUGGGUGCAGAUGCUGCUAAGACUCCGCCUGCUUUGCGGCGCCGCAAGCGGACGUGCUCUCGGCGGCAGGGCGAUAAGGAAAGAGAAAGAGAAGGAGGAGGCAUGGGCGCCGGAGAGCGAGGGGACAGAGGAGUCGGGGAGGAGAGGGACAGGAGGGAGACCAGCGCUCAGUAUAUAAAGCUGGGUGAUCGUUCCCGUGGUGGAGGACAAAGUAGUAUAUCAACCAUCCUCCUCAUCGUCAGCUUCAUGAUCUGUAUCAGUCUGGUGGUGCUGGUGGCUCUCAACAUGCUGCUGUUCUACAAGCUGUACGCUCUGGAAAGAGCGGCCCAUACACUGGAGACGUGGCACUCCUAUUCUGUUGCUGACAGUCCUUUGCCUCAGACAGCUGGAGAGUGGGCUCAGGUUUUACAGCUGCAGAGGCAGUUUCACCAGGCUCAGCUCAGCAAGUGGCAGCAGAUCCUGCAAUCCUCUGUCACGCUCCUUGACCAGAUGAAGCAGUCUUUAGAAAAGCUUCACCGAGGCAUCGUGGUCCCAGAGGUGCAGCAGGAUCCCCUCGAUGAGACCACCGCAGAGACCCUGACUGACGCCUGAGUCUCACGUCUUCUCGUCAGCCCCUCCCCCCUUAAAUGUCUCAUAUUUCUGAACACACUCUAAAGAGUGGACUGGUGAACUUCAGGACUGAGUUUGUUCUUUCCCUCAUUUCCAAAUGGAAUAAGAACACGAGUGGGACAUGCAGAGGGACUACAUUACCCAAAAUUCUCCUCGCCUGACUGACUUGAAUUGGCGACGUUUGCCUUCAGCCUCAACCGGUAAAAUCUCCACUGACUGAGGACCACAGCAAUAAUGAACCUACAGCUGCAAGUAAUCUGUAUGUGGUGUAUGGAAACAGGCCACUGGUGGGCUGAUUUAAACCUUCACUCCUCAAUAAUCACAGAAAGAUUUCAAAAUGACCGACUGAAUAACUUCCGCUUGUUUUACGACUAUCACAGACUCCAGCUCCUCCUCUGACAGCUUUCAUCCGUGCAAUGAGAAGGGAUCUAAAUUCUGGAAAGUGGGAGCUUUUUCCUCCUAGUCCUGGGAACAGAUAGAUACCUUCGCCUCUAGAGAAUGCCUGCUGAAACAAAAACAAAACAAUAUAUAUAUAUGUAUAUAUAUAUAUGUAUAUGUGUGGCGCCACCUGCUGUGCGGAUGUGAGGAACAAACGCCCAGGAGGAGAGGGAGGGGGGGAAGUGCUGACAGGAGCAGGCAACUUUCUCGCUCUUCCUGUCAGGGAUUUGUUCUCCUACAUAUCCAAUUUAAGGCUGUCAGUCACUCUGUGGGAGCCAAUGAGGAACAUUUCAACAGACACUCUGGUUUUCACUCUCAUUUUUAGAUGUAAACACCUCUCCACUUCCCCCCCCACCCCCACCCCAGACCUGUCUGGGUUUUAUCUUCUUACAAAACAAGUGUGUUGGUUCAUAUUUUAUGACAACAAACUGCGUCUGACUGUUCCACGGACUGUUACAGUAUUUAUUAUCACCAUUGACUUUUUGGUCUGAAGUCCUGUCCUGCUCUCAAGAAGUCAUUUGGUCGGUAUUUUGUGCUCUGAUUUGCUGUUACGCUGCGGACCAAGAGGAGCUACACGAGAAGGAUUACUGUCACAGCAAUAAUGACAAUAGUGAUUCUAGUACUUUUUGAAUGUUUCAAACAAAGUAGUAUAUAAUAAUAAUAAUUAUGAUGAUGAUGAAUUGUGUGUGAAUGUGCGUAGAGGCAGUGAAAAAUACAAGCGAAGAAGACUUGGCAGAUGUGUGCGUGUGCGUUCAAGAGAAGCCCUCACUGUUACAUUUUCAUGUUAGCGUUUGUUUCCGCGGAUUUCUCUCGCUCACGUUUUGGUUGCUCGCUCUUUGUAUCACAGAGCAUGACCGAAACGGUUCAGGUUGUUACGUAGACCUGAUCAGGUAGAGACAUGAUUAUUAAAACACUUGUCUAACCGGGCCGGGCGUUUUUAAAAAAAAAAAAAGAAAAAAGAAGAAUAAAUUCAAAAUGGACCAACCAGAAUUGAGUAGGCCCAGAUGAAGAAGAAGGGAAUCCUUUUUUGCAGUAUUGUUUUUUUUUUUUUUUGUGUGUUUGCGUUUGUAAAAAUCAAUUUGAUUUAUUGUUUUCUCUUUUUAUUCAGUUCCUUUUCCAUUUUGAUCUUCAUUAUUUUGUUGUCUUUAUUUGUCGUUUAUUUUCAGUCCGGUCCUCUCCGUCCACUUGAUUCAGAUAUUUGAAAAACAUCUCGACCAUCUCACUCGUCUGCACUCGCUCUUAGUUUUCUUCUUCUCUUUCUUUUCAUCACUCCGCCCCACUCUCCCUCACUUCCCUUCUGUGCACCCCUUCACCCGUUCCCUCGUUCUCCCCGUUUUGAUGAAACUAGCGGCUACAGAAGCAUGUGGGCCAUGCUGUGCGUGGUCAUCCAAAAAUAGCUAAAGAGUGUAAUAUUUAUUCAGGGAUGGAGGGAGGGAGGGAGGGGAGGGGCUAAGGGAGCGAGAGUGACGGAUGAGGAGCGGGAAUGAGACUGUACUGUAAAGAUGUGACUGUACACCACGCCAUGGAGAGAAAUGAAAAGUUCUAAAACAUUCAACACCUCCUCUCUCGUCUUUGAGUCUGUGUUUGCUCUCACUAUGAAAAAAAGUGGAUCUAAAUCUGCCUUGGAUUUUUUAUUUUGCAGCUUGUUUAGCUUUCACAUUCGGUCAAACACUGUUCAGUCAAUAAUUAGAUCAAAUGUGUUCGGACUCUGGCUCAGGGGAAGCAACAUAAAGGAGUGAAAUACA